AUGAUAAGCAGCAAUCGAUUUCCUCUCCUUCUUCCUAAAAAGCGAAUGCUUCUCUCUUCCUCCAAACAUUUUCCUCUCCGACAGAGAGAAAAUAUCACCAACCAUUAUCAUUCAUUCACACUUCUUUUCCAUUAG